AUGUGCGAAAAUUGCGGUCAAUUUAAGCCCCAACGAAGUGGUCGUGUGAUCGGUGGUGAGGACGCGUCAAUCGGUGACUUUCCGUGGCAGGUGUCCCUCCAGAAGUUCUCCAACAAUAGUUUUGUUCCCUUCAAACACUUAUGCGGCGCUUCAAUCAUAAACCAUAACUGGCUAUUGACUGCCGCCCACUGCGUCGACGGAAAGAACAAAAUACUUGCGAUGCAAUUACGAGCAGUGAUUGGCACUGAUUUGUGGAGAGAUGUGUUAAGACAAACAUCGAUACAAGUGCUGUCCAUCUCUCAGAUAAUAGUUCACAAAAGUUAUGAUCAAAGCUCAGGCAAGAAUGACAUCGCAUUGAUUCAAACCAGUCGUCCCAUAAUAUUCAACGAUAAAGUAAAUAGCAUUUGUAUCCCAAAUAUUGAGCUCAACAUAACUACCGGUAAAAAGGUUUUGCUGUCGGGUUGGGGCAUGACUUCCGACCGCUCAUUAUUUAGCCUAAUAUUACCGAAUAGAUUGAAAAAGUUGGAGAUUCCGGUCGUAGAUAUGGAAAAGUGCAGACAAAUAUACAAUAAACAGAGCUAUGAGAUAACUGACAAAAUGAUAUGCGCUGGGUCGUUUAAAAAUGGCCACUGCUAUGGCGCAUAUAUCGGUGAUUCCGGUGGUCCACUCAUUACAUACAGUAACGAUCGCGCCUAUCAAAUAGACUCGGAAUCUGAGGAAUGGAGUCAACGAGCGAUUCAUUUCUUGAAUUCGGUGCGUGAAGUGCGGGAUCUGAUAUCUCAAAAUGUGCGGACUUUCGGGCAAAAGAGUACGAGUGCCAUAAUUGCCAUCCAAUUGAUUACCGAUGAGUUGCUGUCAUUCGCCACACAAUCAGCUGUUUAUGUGUUGAACCGCACGAACCAGAAGUUCCUCUACGGCUGGAAGUGUCCCACAAAAGCUACCAUCACUUGCGUUCAGACAUUCCUCUCAGUCUCGGACCAGAAGCUGCUGUUAGUGAGCGGCGAUUCGGACGGAUGUGUCCGCCAUCACGACCUCAUUCGCGGCGAACAAAGUAUUAUCUUUAAGGACACGGCUUUUCCCAUCGUUCAGAUCGAGUUCAUCGACAACCAGACACUCGUUAUAUCGAGUACUUCCCGAUCAGUGGUCUUAACCAUUGAUUUCUGUGAUGCAAGUCAUUCAUCAAAUGUGACACAAAUUGGUAAAAACCAGAGGAAAACGUGCGGCAAAUUUGGGGCCGUUUAUAGCCGUCGGACAAACACUGUGUUCGCCUCCCGACCAUCGCUUCAUCUGAUCAAAGCUCAACUCAACGGCGAUGUCUUGGAGACGAUUAAAGCGAAUCACAUUCCGGUGGCGGACUGUCCGGAACCGGUGCCACAGUUUGGCCAAAAGCCAAUCACUGGUCACUCGCACCUCAAACUGGGACUCUUGAAGAUGUUCUGCGACGACCAGUACGUCCUCUCAGUCAACGANCUCUUGAAGAUGUUCUGCGACGACCAGUACGUCCUCUCAGUCAACGACUCGAAUCUGGUUAUAAUCGGAACUGACGGUCAGUUUUGCCUCAAAGAAAAAGUGGAUCAAUUGAUUGACGUUAAGAUUGUCGGCGACCAAAGCAACGAAGCCUUCCUAUUGCUCGAGUCGUGUCAUAUAUUACGGAUCCGUAACACUCAGACAGUGUUUACCAAUCAAUACAUUACAGAGUUUGAGGGAAACAGUGAUAACGAAAUCAGCUCUGAAUUUGAGGGCAAGACUAGUGGCGGAGAGAAGAGUCGGAAGGGAUCGACGGAAUCGUUGAUCAGUUUGUUGAGAGCGCCCGUCAAUGGCAUUAAUGGUAAUCCUCUGUCAUAUAUUGAGGACGAGUUGCGAAAAGUGUUUGAUUUUACCAAAAUUCAGAUGAGAUUAACCGAAAAAGUGAACCAAUUGUCCACUUCUAUCAUCACAACCAUUGAUCCAAACGUUUUGCCAAAUUCUGACAAAAAUGUUUUCGUAACACAAGAUUACGAAGAAAUUGUUGACACAAAUAGUCCCACAAAAGAAACACCAGAUCUCACGUCACCGCUUGUGGUGAACCAAAAAGUCAGGCGUAAAGUACAUCACAUUACCAGCGAUUCUCUGGUCAGAAGUACUUUAGAUAAUGCAAGUCCGACGAGUCUGACCAACGGUUCCCAUGAAAUGGAGGCAAAGAUUACAGAAGACUCUCAACCACUGGAAAACAAUUUCCACAUUAAUAUCAACAUUCGUGACGAGAAUUACGAUCAAAAGGACGGAACAGAUGAACAAUUGACUGAUGAAAAUCGUUUAGAAAUGAUUUUAAGUGCAUAUAAAGAAGCGAAUCCACAUUUGGAGACCAUUUAUACCGACAUUCAAACAGAACAAGAAGACGAAAAAGAAGACAAUCCAGAGAUCUCUGAAUCGAUAGACAAUUAUUUGACAAGAAAUGACAUUCACAGAGAAGUGCCUCCAAUUGAUAACAAAAACAAUCCAAACUUUAAGCAAAUUGCAAACAAUGUCGAAGACAUCAAAGUAAAUGACAGUGAAAUCAAAUUGAAACCAAUUGAACACAAAUGGGAGCCUAUUAUCUGCUUAUCGGAUAUAAAUCAGAUUAAAACCAUUGAAUUCGUCUCUCUUUGUGCGACCGGUUAUAACAGUGACCGAGAAGUGGGUCUCAUUUGGUUUUUACCGAAAGACAGCAAUACAUUGAUUUAUUACCCGACUUUGGAAGCGUUUAAACUCAAUAAAGUGAAGCCCAUAUGCAUAGCCAGCGCAGCCAACGAGCUCUACAUUGUGACCGAUUCGGGCGUUAUCUUCAAGAGAGACGGAAUGGACGCCACGAAACCCGUGGGAAACAAAUGGACACUCAUUAAGAGUAUUAACGAGGGUUUUGUCAUUAAGAGGAAUAGAGGCAAAGCAAAGAUGGCGUCCAUUAGUGUCAAUACCGAAGAAUCGCUUCUGUGGUGUUGCGACACAAACGGCGAGACGUGGACUCAUUGUUUGCAAAGCCAGAAGUGGUCACAGAUUAACGAUUACAGCUCACACUCGAUGGAAAUGAAGAAAGUGUGCGUUUCGGUCACCGAUUGGACAAUCGUUUGGGGAAUUGACAGAAACGGCAAGAUUUUUGUCCGAACUUUUAGCCAAUCGUUGGACAGUAAUAAGCGUGACUUUCGCGGCGAUGAAUGGCUUCUCGUGGACGGCCUUUUGGCCAAAGAUAUUGCAGUCUAUGACUCGCAUGUGAUUAUUGUCGUCGAAAACAAUCAACUCUUUAGAAGAAGUGUCAAAAUUAUAUCAAAUGACGGCACCGAUGAGUGGCAGCCAGUGCUCGGACCCGACGUUCCCGUUGACGACACUAUUAUCGCUGUUUCGGUGACUGAAAAUAAUGAUAUUUGGAUAAUGACUGAAAAGGGUUUGGUUUGGCAUACAAUCAAUCAUUCAGUGAACAGACAGUUGUCAGUGAAAGAAGACUCC